AUAUGAGACAGUUUUAAGAUAUUUUUCAAAGCAUAACCAGACUUAAAGCUAAAAGCAUUAACUAUACAUAAAUGUGUUUUUAAAUAUUAUUGCUAAAUUGAUUUUUAUAAUUUUUUCAUACAAUACAUAUUUAGAAAAGUGAAGAAAAUGAAUGAAAUACAUUAUGGUAUUUCACAAGAAACCCUGGUCUCCAAUAUUGAACACCAAAGUGUACCAGCUAAAAGAUUACCUCAAUAUAUUGCUAGUUUGGCAGCAACACUUGGCGCCUUAGCAAAUGGAAUGAUAUUAGCAUGGACCUCUUCUGCUGGUGAAGAUGGAAAGGACUUACAGUCUUUAUAUAAUAUAACAAUUUCUAAAGACGAAUUUUCAUGGAUUAGCUCAUUAGCUGUAGUGGGUUCAGCAAUAAUGUGUAUUCCUAUUGGAAUUCUUGCUGACAUAAUAGGAAGAAAAGGUUCAAUGCUUUUAAUGGUGAUACCUUUUACCAUAGGCUGGUUACUUCUAAUUUUUGCCAAUAAUCUAGCCAUGUUUUAUUUUGGUAGAUUCAUCACUGGUCUCAGUGGUGCAGUUUUUUGUGUAGUAGCACCAAUAUACACAGCAGAAAUAGCUGAAAAUGAAAUUCGCGGAUCUGUUGGAAACUAUUUUCCUUUACUUCUUACUGUAGGCAUCCUUUUAUCAUAUCUUUUAGGAACUUUUGUUAAUAUGCGUAUAUUAUCAAUUGUAUCUGCUACUAUACCAGUUGUAUUCUUUGUAGUUUUUAUGUUCAUGCCAGAAUCACCAAUCUACUACUUAAAAAAAGGUCUUGAAGACUCAGCUAAAAAAAGUUUAAUUAGAUUACGCGGUGUCGAAUAUGAUAUUGAAACUGAGUUACAACAUCAAAAAGAUGCAUUGAAAGAAAACAAAAAUACAGUAUCCUUUUGGACUUUAAUCCAUCAAAGAGCAACCUUGAAAGGUUUUAUAGUAGCCUAUGGUCUUAUGUUUUUUCAACAAUUAUGUGGUGUUAAUGUUGUUAUAUUUUAUACUAACUACAUUUUUAUAAAGGCUGGUAGUACUUUAGAUUCUCAUUACUUGACUAUUAUUAUAGGCGCAAUGCAAAUAUUAGCUGUUUUUGUAAGCACAUUAACUGUAGAUCGUGUAGGCAGAAGAAUACUGCUAUUAGCAUCUAUAAUAUGUUCAGGUUUAGCAACUUUUGUACUUGGAAUUUAUUUUUAUCUAUUGGAUAAUGACAUUGAUGUAAAUUCUAUUACAUGGCUACCUCCGACAUCUUUAUGUAUUUUUAUUAUUAUGUUUAAUAUAGGUUUUGGUCCACUUCCAUGGAUGAUGUUGGGUGAACUUUUCGCAGCAGAAGUUAAGGGUGUAGCUGCAAGUAGUGCUUGUUUUUUAAAUGCGGUAUUAGGUUUUACUGUAACUAAAUUUUUCAGUAAUCUUACAAAUGCAAUUGGUAUUGGUCCUACAUUUUGGUUAUUUACUGUAGUCUGUGUUAUUGGAAUGUUUUUUGUUUACUUAUUAGUUCCUGAAACAAAAGGGAAAUCUUUAGGAGACAUCCAAAAAGAAUUGAAUGGCUACUAAGUAUUAUUAUUGUUUAUGAUACAUUAGUUUAAAAUUAUUUCAAGAAAGGCAAUGUAAAAUAUUAUAAUAAAAUAAAUAUAUAUAUUUGCAUAAAGUGUAAUUUGUAAUAAACUAUA